AUGGAGAUCGCUGCCAUCGCUCUUAUUCUGGCGACGAUGAUCGCCUCCAAAGCCGCAGCGCAGAACAACGGUUGCUCGAGCGUGAUGAUGACCCUAUCCCCAUGCCUUGACUUCAUCGGAAGCAAAGCCCUGGAGCCCGGCUUCUCCUGCUGCACCACGCUCGCCGGCAUCGUCCAGACCGACCCCCGUUGCCUCUGCAUGGUUCUCGAUGGCAGUGCGGCGUCAUUUGGCAUCGUCAUUAACCACACGAGGGCCCUGGAGCUCCCUAGCAUCUGCAAGGUCCAAGCACCGCCGAUUAGCCAAUGCACAGCCAUCCCAGUUCCUCCAGCAACAGCGCCAGAAGACCCACCGGAGGAGACGAGCAACCAAGUCGCAGAUGCACCUAAAGGAAGCCCGAAUUCGAAUGCAACAUCAAGCUCCAGGAACUCAAAGAGUGCGGCAAAUUUGAUGGUCACUAUGCUUAUACCUACAUGUGCAUUAAUCUAUGUCUUCUAAGUGUUGGACAGUUUCAUUUUCUGCAGCCUUGUAUUAAAUGACAAGACCAAUAGAAUACCAUUUAGUAUGAUAUAUCUUUCCGAUGAGUCUCAAUAAAAAAAUGUCGUGUCAUUCAGUAUAAGAAGCCAAUUAACUCCAGCGGAUGUGAAAACAUGAAUUAACACGUAUAGCUAGCUACGUUGACAUAACAUUUUCUGUCAAGCAUACUUUGCCUGGUAUUUUCGAGUUAUCAAACUGUUCUGCAAGUAAUUAUUUGAGGUUUCGUUUGUGCAUAACAUGAAUAGCUGCAGUGAUGUAACAUGUUUUUAGAAGUAAAUUUUGCCUGGGGAUUUUUGACUUACCAAACUAGUUUGCAAGGAAUCAUUUGAGACUUGGUUUGUGCAAAACAUGAAUUGAAGUAAUAUUUGAUGGAAUAGCAUACUUGUUCUCACUAGAUAUAUUAGUACUCAUUUCAUGAAAGCAAGAACGAUAAAAUUCCACCAAAUAUCGCUCACUCUUUUGGCCUCCUAGGUAUGCAUGCGGAACAGAUACGGUGAAACAAAGGAUGUAUAAAAUAGCUGCUGUGACGUAACAUGUUCUUAAAAAGUAUACUUUUCCUUGGAUUUUGACUUACCAUAUCAGUGGUAUAUUGCCUUAGUAAAAUGCAUCAUGGUCCUAAUUUUUUUGGAAGUUGGUCCUAAUUCUUCAAAAUUGCACAUCUACGUCCUAAAAGCAUCCAAGUCGUUCACGGCAGGUCCUAUGUAGCUCUAAUCCCGUUUGACCUGCACGUGACGCAA